AUGAAGGUCCUCAUUCUCUUAAGCUUGGUCUGCUUGGGGCUCGCAGCUCCCCAGCUCAGGAAACCCUUCCACGAGCACUUCUCCGACUUCAUAGACCUUAUCCAGGAAGAAGCUGGUCAUGAUCUGGAUCACUUGAACGGCCACUACUUGGAGUUCGAUGAGUUCACCGGCAGUCUUGAUUACAUGGCUACGAAAGACUUCAACGGUUUGGUCAAAGAGAUGGAGAGCUUGCCUGAAUUUACAGCUGUAGUUGACUUCUUAGAAGGACACGAAAUUGACAUCACCUACUACAUCGACUUGUUCAAUGAAUUCAUUGACAACCUAAGCGCAAGGAAGAAGAACACGCGCCACGAAGUUAGCGGUACCAGCAUGAGUGCCUACAUCCAGGACUCAAUUGCCCUCCUCCCCAAAGACCAAUUAGCCGCCCUUUAUGACGAGAAAAUGGAAAACGACGAAGAAUUCAAGAGGGCCAUGGACAGCCUUCAAAGCGAGGAAUGGCAAGAAAUCUGGGUUGCUCUCUGGGAGAACGAGACCUUCAAAGCUGAAGCUGACCAGAUGGCUGAGUUCGGCAUUGACCUCCAAAUGCUUCUGACAGAACUGGUUGCCAUUUUCGGCCAGAACUAA